AUGGGUGGUUUUAUUCGGACUUCUUUGCAUUUCACACCCUCCUACAUGGGCAAGCUAAACCAGCCCCUUUUCGUCUUUAUAUUUGCCCAUGGUGGCCAAUUUACAAAUUUAGUUACUAUUGGAGGUCGUAAUUGUGGUAAUGAGCUCGGUAUAUCGGAUCCUACAAAGUCGAAUUGUGAUUUUGACUUGAAUGUAUCGGACAUAGCCAGUAUCGUUGGCAGUGAGGUUGAGCUUACCAUAAUAUCCACGCCUUAUGCUUCUGGUGGCUGGGCUGUUACCUCAACCUUAGAUCCAGGAGAUCUAUCUACUGAUGUGAGCAUACCCUUAGACAUAUGGACAAAAAGUCGUCCACUCUCAGAGGAUGUUGCUUUACCAACCGAGACAACGUUCCAGGAUUUACCUGAGAUAGACAGCAUAAGGGUGAGCUGGGCCGAAUUGAGUCCGCCCUAUAAUACCAUAUGGGCAAAUGAGCGAAAGGAACAGACUUUCUACGAGGUUACUCUCGUUAUUUCCGUCGCCAACCCCCGUGAGAGAAACUCAGCAGGCGCAAGAGCGUUCGCUGCGUCAACAUCCUCAAGUCCAAUCAAAAUGAAGGCGUUUGCUCAAGUCAACACGGAGGCUUCUACCUUGAAUAUCGCUUACCCUUUCAAGCUCUGUUUCUAUGGCGGACGAUGA